UGUUUCAUAGCUGUAGCGUCCCUUUGUUUGUAAUAGAAAUGAUGUCUGGCACGAGGUGAACCUGUUUAUUUGAAAUUUAAAUAAUAAAUAGUUUUGUUUUUACAAUAUAACAGAACAAAUAUUAUGCUAAACGUGUGUUUUUGCAUUUGUUAGUUGUUUCAAGUGUCUUUCAAGCCGAUCAAUAACCAGCCAUGUGGUUUUAUAGCUGUUUAAUGAAGUGAGAAGCGGGUCUAGAAUGAAUUAUUAUCGGAACAGACGAUUGUAUUGCAACAAAACCAGCUUAAAAUGAACCGUCCCAAAGCCGAUGAAGAAAAAACAAAAUCGACUUUCAAUGAAAUGGCAGAAAUUGGUGUAAAUACCCAGACUGAUUCUCAAACAACAAUUGACAGCAAUACAUACAAGGUCAACAAAAAGGGAAUUAAAAUUGAAAUACACAAACCGGAUGAUUACUACGACGAUGACAUGGUAUCGUAUAAUAUUUUCUCAACAACAGAGAACGGACUUCAAGAAACAUUUGACGGCAAUACUUACAAUAUAAGAGAAACGAUCGUGAAAGCGGAAGCAGAUAUAGUGCAAGGAAAUUGUUUUGAGUCUGUAAUAGAGUAUGAAAAACAUGGUUUUUUGGAUAAUCAGAAUUCGAACUACCAUUUGGAUAAAAUUCGGACAUUUAUUUGCGACCUCUGCCAAGAAUCGUUUACUUCUAAAAAGAAUGUGGCCAAUCAUAUUAAUGAAUCACACAAAAACCAGAAAUCUACUAAAAGACGUGUCGUCAGAAAUACACCUAGCAAUAAAAUUGUUUCGAAGAAAAUCAGUAAAAAAUCCAAAAAACGGCGAUCGUUCCAUUGUGAUUUGUGUCCAAUGUCGUUCAUUACUAAAGGGCAAAUAACAUUACAUAUAAUACAAGUCCACCAACGAUCGACAAACAAAAACUCUUCCCGAAAAUCUAAAUUUCGCAAUCAUACACUACCUAAAAGAAACCUUACGAAACAGCAUCGUGUGCACACUGGCGAGAAGCCCUACAAAUGUGUUGUUUGCCUAAAGACUUUCUCUAUAAGAAAUAACCUUAUAUUACAUAUACGCGUGCACACUGGGGAGAAGCCAUUCAAAUGUGAUGUGUGUCAAAAGACUUUUUCUAUUAAAAGAACACUUACGAUACACGAACGCGUGCACACCGGAGAAAAGCCCUACAAAUGUAAUGUUUGCAAUAAGACAUUUUCUCAAAGAGGUCAUUGUUUACUUCAUGAACGCGUACACACCGGCGAAAAGCCCUACGAAUGCAACAUGUGCAAUAAAACGUUUUCUGAUAAAAGCUACAUUGCACGACAUAAACGCACGCACACCGGUGAAAGGCCAUUCAAAUGUGAUGUGUGCGAAAAGACAUUUUCUCAAAAAUCUCUUGUGACUCGACAUAAACGCACGCACACCAAUGAUAAGCCUUACAAAUGUGUUGUUUGUAUAAAGGCAUUUUCUCGCAUGGAUCUCCUUAAACUACAUAAACGUGUACACACGGGCGAGAAGCCCUACGAAUGCAACAUGUGCAAUAAAAAGUUUUCUGAUAAAAGUUACCAUGCACGACAUAAACGCGUACACACUGGGGAAAAGCCCUAUAAGUGUGAUGUAUGCUCUAAAUCAUUUUCUAAUAAAUCCACUCUCACAAAUCAUAAACGCGUGCACACUGGUGAGAAGCCCCCCAAGCCCUACAAAUGUGAAGUGUGCGAAAAGGUUUUUACUGGAAAAACGGAUCUUAGAAUACAUAAACGCGUACACACUGGUGAAAAGCCCUACGAAUGUGACCUGUGCAAAAUGGCCUUUUCUCAAAAUAGUAGCCUUACACUACAUAAACGCAUGCACACUGGCGAGAAGCCCUACAAAUGUGAUGUUUGCCAAAAUACUUUUUCUCGAAAACGUAUCCUUAUACAACAUGAACGUGUGCACACUGGCGAGAAGCCCUACAGAUGUAAUGUUUGCAAAAAAACUUUUUCUCAAAAAGGUAACCUCGAACUACAUGAACGCUUGCACACUGGUAAGAAGCCAUUCAAAUGUGAUGUUUGCAACAAGGCUUUUUUUCAAAAAUCUGACCUUACGAUACAUGAACGUGUGCACACUGGUGAGAAGCCCUACAAAUGUAGCCUGUGCAAAAAUACUUUUUCUCAUAAAAUUAGCCUUAUAAUACAUGAACGAGUGCACACUGGGGUGAAGCCAUUCAAAUGUGAUGUAUGUCAAAAGACUUUUUAUUAUAAAGGAACACUUACGAUACACGAACGCGUGCACACCGGCGAGAAGCCCUACAAAUGUGAUGUGUGCAAAAUGACUUUCUCUUUGAAAGGAAACCUUAUAAGACAUGGACGCGUGCACACUGGUUAAAAGCUCUUCAAAUGUGAAGUGUGCAAAGAGCCUUUUUCUCUUAAACAUCACCUCGCAGCCCACAAACACACGCACACCAUAACGACGCUUGCUCGCUGACAAAAGACCAUAGCCAUGUGCUUAAAGAUUUUUCCAAACUCAAAUUGUUUAAUCACUCGGACAUUUUUAUAAAUUGUAUACUUUUUUUUUUUUGGAAUUGUCAUACGAGGUCAUACACCUAAUUUAUAGUCAAAUGGCCUACUCAAAUGUGGCAAUUACAAUUAAUUUUGUGAUUGUCUGUAUGAAUAGUUACUAUUUUUAUUUUUUAUAACAAAUUUUAUUAUAAUUUUACUAUUAUUAUAUAUGAAUACAUUGUAUAUACUUCAUUAUAUGAGAGGCAACCCAUAACAAUCGGGAACAACACUGUAUCAUAUUAUAUUAACUUGCUAUUUAUACUUGGUGAUAAUACUAAUUUAUUAUUUUUACUGUGAAAAUUGGUUGUUAUUGCUAUAAGGUGAUCACCAAAAUUUAAUUAUAACCAUUUAAAGAACAUUUUUAAAACUUGAGAAUGAAAAAAUUGUUUAAUUAAAUUAAUUAAUUUGAAUUAGGUAAAUUGUAGUUAGCUGUUAAAUCAGCAAUAUAAUUUUUUUUUAACCAGUAAUA